AUGGCGUACGUCGUUGUAUGCCGGCGUAUUGUAAACAUAUUUCUAUUUAUGGAUGGACUACAUUAUACAAAUAGGAAUGAAGCAUGGACAAAGAGAUAUAUAUUUCAGGAUGAGCAGAGGCUCGAAGAAUAUCUUAGAUGUAUGCUAGGGAAUGUCGCUCUAUUACAGCUGUACGGGGACAACUGUGAACACAUAGAAGUUGUACGCACGGUAUCCACGAGUAUGGACCCGUUAAGGGCAGCGUUUAGCAAUAUGGACAUUAGUAAAACGUGUGAAAAAAUGAAUUAUCGUAGUAUGAAGAUUGGUACUAAACUUAUAGGGUUGACCAUGGCACGAUGGAUGGAAAAACUACAGGGAAGGGGGAAGGUAGGAAGUAUAAAAAGCAGCCACGACGCCAGAACAUGUAACCAGGGAAAUGGCAUGAACACACAACAGGCUACUGCAACCGGAGUUCGGCAGCACGCCACUAUGCCAAUUGUAGAAAUGAUGGACGAUGGUACUACGGACGUAGUAAAGACAUUAAUUGAGAAGGGCAAGAGUAUAACACAGAAAGAGACAAAGACAAUAAUGAACAUAAUUGCGGCACGUGGGAACGGUACGGACGUGGUGGAGGAAAUUUUACAGAAAAUAGAAGCAUCUGACACAGGCGAAAGUAUAGCGGAUAUAUUGGACAAGGUGAUAAAUCCACCACCCGUCGCCACAUUUAUCCCUGAAAAUCCAGCAGAUACAGCCACGCCGGCAAUACCACAGGCACCGUCAGGUAAGGACCGAUGA